CUCCCUUCUCCAGGAUGAACAUCUCCCCACGGAAGUUAGUCUGCUCAAAGGCAACAAAGCUGGAGAGGGGGGUCCGCCAGGCACAGAGGGGGCACAAGAUGGGAGAGGACAGGAGAGAGGAAUUAGAAGUGACUCACUCUGUAGGAUCCCAUGCCAGGCUCGCCGGUCUUGGUGGCCUUGCUGGAGGCAGCUGGGGCUGGGGCUCCCUUGUCCUUGGCAUCGGUGCCCUGGCUGGAGGCGGACUUGGCAGUCUGAGACAUGAUUAACCGCGCUUUUGUCGGGGGGGACAAAGACAAGCCCCUCCCCGCUGCUGAGCCGGGGCUUUCAGCAUGGCCCCUUGCCAGGGGAGGCUUUAAAAGGGUGGGGGCGCGUGGCUCCUCUCACUCUCACGGCAGGACAACCCAAGGGCAUCAAAGCAAGACAAGAUGACUCACCACUGCACCAAGUUCUCCGGCCACUGGAAGAUCAUUGUCUUCGAUGAGGAGUGCUUCCAGGGCCGUCGCCACGAGUUCACCUCCGAGUGCUGCAACGUGAUGGAGUUUGGCUUCGAGACCGUGCGCUCCCUCAGGGUGGAGAGCGGAGCCUGGGUGGGUUACGAGCACGCCUCCUACCAGGGCCAGCAGUUCGUGCUGGAGAGGGGAGAGUACCCCCAGUGCGAUGCUUUCGGAGGCAGCAACGCCUACCACAUCGAGAGGCUGACCUCCUUCAGGCCCAUCGCCUGUGCCAACCACAGAGAGUGUCGUAUGACUAUCUACGAGCGUGAGAACUUCCUGGGCCGUAAGGGUGAGCUUAGUGACGAUUAUCCCUCCCUCCAGGCCAUGGGCUGGUGCAACAAUGAAGUUGGCUCUCUCAGGAUCCAGUCUGGAGCAUUUGUGUGCUACCAGUAUCCUGGUUACCGUGGAUACCAGUACAUCAUGGAGUGUGAUCGUCACUGCGGGGAGUUCAAACACUUCCGGGAGUUUGGCUCCCACUGCCAGACCCCUCAGAUCCAGUCCAUCCGCCGUAUUCAGCAGUAACAGCUCACUCCAGACCCUCUCUCCCAUGUGACCCCUCACCUUUGACCCCCUUUGACUCCCAGUGCUGAAUAAACUGUCUUUCUUAAACCUGACUGACUUCCACCAACGUAUCUGCUUCUCUGCUCUACACGUUCCACACUUUGAUUCGUUUUUCUGAAUUAGACUCCCACACAACCCACAUGAUGGUGUACAGAAGCGACCUGGUGUCAGUGUUUUGGCAAUAAAGGUUGAGUUGGAAAAAAC